AGUCAGCGUGCACGCAAACGAGCGAACACGUCGAUACUGCAUUCAGACAUCCUUCUUGCAUUCCCGUCGCCGUCUGUUCCAACCAUGAACGUCUUCCGGUUGUUUGGCGACCUGUCUCACUUGGCUUCGAUUUUCAUACUUUUGCAUAAAAUACGGACCACCCGUUCAUGUCGAGGCAUAUCGUUCAAAACUCAAGCACUCUAUGUCGCCAUUUUUGCCACACGUUAUCUUGACCUGUUGUACCGCUGGGUCUCCAUCUACAACUUUGUGAUGAAGGUGUUCUUCAUUGCCAGCAGCUGCUACAUCCUCUAUCUCAUGCGAUAUCGCUUCCGGCCCACCCACGAUCCCUCUAUAGACACCUUCCGCGUCGAGUACCUCUUGGGACCAUGUGUAGUCCUCUCGCUCAUCUUCAACUACAAGUUUACUUUCACGGAAAUCCUUUGGUCGUUCUCCAUCUUCCUCGAGUCUGUAGCCAUCCUUCCUCAGCUGUUCAUGCUGCAACGAACAGGCGAAGCCGAGACAAUUACAACCCACUACUUGGCCGCGCUGGGUGUUUACCGUGCAUUGUAUAUUCCAAAUUGGAUAUACCGCUACUUUACAGACGGCGUUGUCGAUCCCAUAGCCGUGACUGCCGGAAUAGUUCAGACCGGACUGUACCUCGACUUCUUCUAUGUAUAUUUCACGAAGGUAUUACAGGGUCAAAAGUUCGAACUGCCGGCAUAACUUACGAGCUUUCAUGAGAGGAUAUGGGGUAGCAAAUUAUACAAGGGUACCUCAUGGACUGAGGACUGGAUCACUUGUCCUUCGAGAGAACCUCUUUAUAAUCUUUGCUUUCCAGCCUGGUCAGGAAAAUUAAUAACGACGUUGUAAUUUGCCUUGGACGUUAUCCAUAUAUCAGACCCUUAGAGCGACUGAUGUUGCCAGUGCCUACUCUGAGCUUGCUUGAGAAUGCCAGCAGCUGAAAUGGUUAAUCUU